AGCCACGAUUUUUAUACCAUUUAGCAUGGUCUAAUCAUGGUUAAUACGCGAAUAUUUUUUUGACUUUUUCUUUUUUGUAAUUUAAACAUGACAAUAUUUAUUGUAAAUUAAUUAUUUUAACGUAUAUAUUUAACAUUAUUUCAAAUUUCGUCCAAUGUUUUUAAGUUUUGACUUGAUUAUUGCCCACACUCAUCUAUUAGCUCAGCCAUCUAAACCUACCAAAGUUUAGAUUAAUGAUUUAUUUUUUGAUUUCUUAUUCGAUAUUCGGUACCGUCAUUGAAGUCGAACGCUUCCUAUCAAAGAUUCUUUCAUAUUCAAUGUUUGAACCCGAUCUCUAAUUAAAGGGAGGAGUAACUGUAUCCGUUGUACUACGUUUUAUGGUGGUGUAUUGACUAAUAUUUAGCCCAAAUUGAUUCAUAAUAAAUCAUGCCAAUUCUUUUCUAAAAAAGGCAUUUUUAUUUGAUAUGAUAUAUUAUGCACAAUCCUAAUAAGGAAAAAUAAGUAGUAAUUUAUUAGAUGUUGAAUAAUUACACAAUCAAUAUUUUCUUCUUUUUAUCCUCAACAAGGUUGACGCCAUAGGCUUAUAGCAAUAGGAAUGAAGAACAAAUGUGGAUUCUCCAUCCCCCUUAAUUAUGUUCAAAAUAGGAAAAGAGAAUGAGGCACACAAGGUGUUCGAUGAAUUGUCCCUUAGGUCUAACAGUGUUAUUCUGGAAAUGAAAUGAACACAAGGUGUUCGAUGAUUUGUUCCUUAGGUCUAACAGUGUUAUUCUGGAAAUGAAAUGAACACAAGGUGUUCGAUGUAUUUUCUGGUUGCUUUCUUUUGUUCAAAUGGAAGUGAAGGUGAGAUUUCUACUACUACAAAAUGUAUUCACUGUUGUGGGAUAAACUAGGUGCAUCGCAUUUAGUGUCCAUGAGUUGUGAUGUAUCAGAAAAAAAGUUGAUUUCGGUUGUGACAUCCUUACUUCUUUGCCAUUGAUAUCAUUUGGUUACCACAUCAAUUGAAUAGUUUUAUUUGAAGCAAUCAGGUGUGGUAAUCGCUGAAGCAAUAUGGAAUCAGGAGACGGAAUGGACAGUGAUAAAAUUGUGUCGUGCAAGCGUUAAUACGACCAAGCAUCGACAUUGGUUCUUCAUUACGGUUAUUAAAGAGGGUGUCACACAAAUGGAUAAUGGGCUGAGAAGUAACAAUAGGGCCAGGAUCGUACAAAGGCUUAUUUGGGAUCCAGGCUGAGGGAACGAUAAAUAGUGAAGGACAACACGAGAAUGAGAGUUAAAUUGCAGAAAAAACUAGUAAACUUGGGAGAGGGUUAAGCAAAGAGAGACAAGGCAGACUUUGUGGAGAUAUGCGAAGGGAAAUAGCUAAGCAAAGAGAUAUAUUAGACUCCAUCUCUCGAAGGGAAGGAAACAAGUAAACUCAAAAAAACUCUUUGCAUUGAAUCCACAGACACAUUUGGUUGUUUUAUCGGAAUUGAUUGGUUUUUGUAUACUUGAAGAGCUUUAUGUUUGGACUUUCCAGAUAUUACAUCAACUGCAAAUUAAUGAAGAAGAAGCUUAAGCUGUAAAGUAACCAAAUCAAAGCUAGAGCACUAGAUCGUCCACAUGUCUUUAAGGAUUUCUCAGGGAUUCAAGGCAAUCAGGGAAAAACUGUUCUGUCACACUCUGGGAUCAAUAGUUUUACUUAAGCAGGAAAACAUGAAAGCAUCGUUAAUUUUCUUUACUCUAGAAGAUUGAAAGAAUUGUUCUGUUUAUGUUGGAACAACAAGGAAUGCUGGCAAGCAGGAUAUCUGAACUUAAUAAACAGCAAGAUUCUCUUCAAGAACAGCCUGAUAUAUCCAAAAUAACUGAGUUGCGAGAAGCUUAUAGAGAUGUGGGACGUGAUCUUCUGAAGCUUCUCUUUUUCGUUGAAAGAAAUGCCAUUGGAUUGCAGAAGAUCCUCAAGAAAUUUGACAAACCUUUUGGGUAUCGAUCCACUGAUUAUUAUGUCAAAACCGCGCUAAUCAUCCGUAUUCCCAACUCUAGCAAGUUUUCAAGCAUGUGGAAGAUUAGUGUGGUUGUCACUCAUGGCUAUUUGGUCGUGACAGAGCAACAAGUGCCAGAAGGUGUUCUGAAGGGCAUAAAUUUCAGUAUCCUAUCAGAGACUGAUGCAGUAAGUACAUGCCAAACUUUUGGUGUUUUUAAAUUAGAAAUUGUGUCUGCUUCAUUCUCUUGGUUGCUUGCAAUGGAUCUACUCCCACUGGCCAAAAUAGCUAAUCUCAAUUUUCGUUUCCGUCUGUCCUAAAAUGGUGUCCAUUUUUUUUUAAAUAAAGGUCUCUUUUCUCUACUAAAUAAUUACAUUACUGUAGUCUAGUAUACUUUUAUUCCUAGAAAUCUCAAACCCGAAAAUAGUUAUCUAAAAAACAAAUUUCGAACCCACCUUUCCUUAAAUUAGUCUAGACCAAGGCUGUAAUUUGGGACAGAUGAAGUCACUAAUUGUAGACUUUCUGUAAAUUUUAUUAUAGAAUAAAACAGAUUUACGCUUCAGCAUUUCUUGCUUUUCUAUGUCAAGUUGUCAGCUAAGGUAAUUGGAUUGGUUAAUGAAGUAACAGAUCCCGCUUUGGGGUUUCCAAAUUUGAUCUUUCAGUGUUCCACAUGUGGUACAAACAAUGGGAAAAAGUGUGAAG